CUCUCGUCUUCCUAUCUACAUCAGCGGCACUUCAUCCUGAUGACAAAAGCUGUUCGAUACUGCGUGGAGUCUGACUUGAGAGCUGUGAUUUUUAAAUGUGUAUGGUUAUAUUUGCUCCGAUUUUUGCCAUCUGUGCUUUCGCAACAUGUGGAGGAUACUAUGGACACCUCCAGGUUAAAGUGGACUGUGCAGACAGGAGGCAGAGCAACCUCAGCAUCAACAUUGAUUUUGGCUAUCCUUUCAGAUUACAAGAAGUGCAUUUCAAGGCUCCCUCAUGUGAGACUAAGAGAGAAGAGAUUCUUUUCCUGGAUGGUGACUUUUCCUCAGCCGCCCAGUUUUUCCUGACUGUGGGUGUUUUUGCUUUCCUGUACUCUCUGCUGGCAACCAUUGUCUACGUCUUCUACCAGAACAAGUACCUGAAGAACAACAGAGGCCCACUUGUGGAUUUUGUUGUUACAAUCAUCUUCUCCUUCAUGUGGUUGGUGAGCAGCUGUUAUUGGGCUAAAACUCUUUCUGAUAUCAAGAAGGCUACAAACCCAACACAGGUGCUUCUGCUGAUCACAGCUUGCAGAGCUCAGGAGAACAAAUGUACAGCUACCCAGGAGCCUCUCUGGUCACGUCUUAACACAUCUGUGGUUUUUGGUUUUGUAAAUGUCAUCCUCUGGGUUGGAAAUAUCUGGUUUGUCUUUAAAGAGACAGGUUGGUACAAGACAGGUCAGAGAUAUCCAACCAGGAGUGCUUCUGGGAAACGUGCCAGUGAAAUGCGACAGCGGCUCUACAAUGAGAGCAGCUUCGACCAGCCAGAGGAGAGCUUUGGUCCACAACUCUCCCGACAAGACAGUUUCAAUCAGUCAAAGGGGGGGUUUGGUCAGCAGGUCCACAGACAGGUUAGCUUCAACCAGUCACAAGUAAACCUGAGCUUACCGCAUGCAUAUCUUGGCAAACCGGUAAUUUAUGACAGGGAGAAUAUGGUGGGUUCUGAAGGGCCAAAGAUAUUUGUCAAUGAGAUGUGAUUCUGCCCUCAGUUUAAUGCUGUUCGUGGUGGACUAGAUGGGAACAUGUGUUAUUGGCAUAAACACAGUCAAUUGGUCAAAACAUGAUAAUUAACUUAAGAUAAAAAAGAAUACACUGAUGGAUCUAUUUGACAUGUGGUGGUCAUAAUGUAAGAUAAUUUAAUUUUUGUUCAUUUUCCUCUGGAUAAAUUGUACUUCGAGUUUUGAAAUUCCCAGAUGACACAAGCUGUACCUUUAAACGAAGGAGUUUGAAGUCAUUAUUUAAUCUGCAAAUGUUUUGUUUGUUUGUUUAUUCGUAUUUAUUUUGGAAACUGACCUUUGGCAAUAAGCAGACACUGCUGUGGGUUUUUAUGCUGACAGACUGGGUGGCCAAUGUGAUUAAAAUUAAUAACGACAAGAUGACAAGUUGUUUUGAUGUUAGGAGUUGGACUUAGAUGCUGUUGAUAUUGAACUUGAUAUAUCAUACAUGUUUUUAUUUUUUACCUGUACAUGUAAAACUAUUAUUACUUUUUUUUGUCAAAAGAUUUAUUUAAAGAAGCGUUAUUAAUUACAGUACACAUUUUGCCCUAUACUAUACAGUAUGUUGGAUGGAAAAGAUGUGCAGUAUCAGUUCAAAUAUACAUCUAACCAAUGUGCUAGAGUUCUCUCUAUAAAUAUUUAAUAUUUGAUGGUAUCAUUUGUUCCCUUUGUCAUUACUGAUGGAUUUUCUGAUAUUAUAAUCAAUGUGACACUCCAGUGUCUUUCUUUGUCCUUUAUUUUUUUAAUGGAAUAUUGAUUUUUAAAUGGAUAAUGAAUGUUGUUUCAUUGGCACUUAUUUUGUGUGUAUUAGUGUGUAUAUUCACGUUUUAUUAUAUGUUAUAUAUGUGUCAAAACUGAAGAAUUGAAGUGCUCAUGUUGCAUAUAAACCAUCUCACUCUUAUACCUAUUGUCACAAUCCUCUUGCACUAUACUGAUCAUUAAACAUUUAUCAAAGGAAGAUAAUGUCUGUAUAAAAUGUAUAAAAUAAAAUGAGUACAGCUACUUGAAAUGCUUUAUGGGCUGAUGAAGAUUGUGCGUUCAAGUCAGGCAUUAAAUUUAGUUGUUUAACUUGAAGUGUGUCUGAGGUGCUGCUCUGCAGACUUCUUCAGUGGUUUUCAGUAACUGACAUCAAAGCAAGCCUAUCCACUGUGGAGUUGUUACCAUGGGUUUUCUUGUUUAGUGAGAGCUGUCGGCCUCUUCAUUUCCAUCGAAAAGGGAACAGAGGAGAGGAGACAGAAAGUGAGAAAAUACUGACAAAGAAAUGGAAACCAAUAAAAGGAAUUUAUAAUGAAUAGUGACUCUGAUGGAGACACCAGUGUACACAUUAAAGCAUGUUUCACACUGUGUUCCAGGAGUGUCUCUACUACAAAGGCCAAGAGGAUAAUCCCUCAGGGUGUCUGUUUCAUCCUGACUAAGACAGUUAACAAAAUACUACCUAAAUCUCUUCCCACUCCAACCAUCCUACAAACUGUUGAGUUUCAAAGGUAUAUAAAUAAUA